UAGCUAUGCGAAAUUCCCGGAUGUUGAUAGUUUUCAACUCGCGGGAAAAGUGGCGCCGCCAUUUUUCAUUUUUAUAUUUAUUUAAUUAUGGGUGCUAUUGAUUUAAAGCAAAGAAUGAAGAACCAGUCAAUAUAUGAAGCACCUUAGAAUUUUUUUUUUAUUUGUGAAUAUUUUUUUUACAAAAAUUAAAAAAAAAAAAAUAAAUAAAAAAAAAAAAAAGUGUUAAUUUUUAUUUGGCCGGACUUUCGUAAAAAGUUCGUUAUUUUCUAGAUCUAUUUCGUGCUUCAGGUUGUUUAUACGUUGAAAAAGUUUGGUUAUUCUUGAAGAUAAUUUAAAUGGCCGUAAGUUGAGCAAAUUUCAUUGUAAUAUGAUAAUCGAAGCGAUUUUUGUCUAAAUUCUUGUGAGGCAACAAAUGUGACUUGUUUUAAAAAUGGCGGGAAUGGAUCAGACCUCGAGGUCCUUCAGUUUUGGCAAUAGACUAGAUCCAAAAAACAUUUUUUUGAUGGAGUUUUUAAUUUAUUCAUGUAAAACGUGCAUUCUUCUACCAAUUUUAGUUAUUCUGUUUUCUAUAGAGAGCUAGAUGACUUCUCUAAUAGCAUUUUGGUUAAGCAUGAUACAUGUUAAAAGGCGAAAAAAAAUCAAUUUAUCAUUACUGUCACGUGACAGCAAUGUAGUAUUUUUAGACUAUUUUGUCUGUAGUCAAGUGUAAACAUUUAUUAUUAUUAUAGUCUAGAUCUAGACAUUCUAGAUCUACAUCGAAGGGAAACUGAGCAAUUCUUGAAACUGUAUAUCUAGAUUCUAGAUCUAUAUCUGAAUUUUAGAUCUAGAUCUUUAUUUAAAUGAUCUUGAUUAAUCUUGAUAAUACUUGAUCUAAUUAUCUUGAUAUAAUUCAUUAACAUCAUUAAACUCCUUGUCCUUCACUGAAAGUUUCAGUGCCUGACUUGACUUAGACUUUUAGUAGUUUUAGAGUUAGACUCUGAGUCUUAGACAACAUUUAGUUAGAUUCUAGAUCUAGAUCUAUAUAUAAUAUUAUUAUUAAUAUAAAAUAUAGAUCUAGUCAAUUACUAGUACUAAGUUUACUAAGACACUGACUAUAUUAUAGAUCUACUUAGUUACUAUAAGUAUAUUCCAGCACAGUCUACUCUACUGACUCUACCUCUAGCUAUAAGUUACUAGAAUCUAGUAGUAAACUCUAGUUUAUCAAGUAUAUCUACUCUGACUAUAGUCUAUAACACGACUACUCAACUACUGUAUUAACUAAUAGUGUGUGUACACUGUAUAGAUCUACAUCUAGUAUUUAUGUAUUAAUAAGUUACUGGAUGCAGAAUUCUAUACUAGUGACUAUAUCUAGACUACAUAAAACUAGAUGUACAUACAUUAGAUUUAGAUCAGUUUGAUUGAUUUAUUUUGUUAGCUUGAUUAACAUUCAUAUUUAUAAUUAGAUCAUGACUCUACUAUAUGUCUAUAGUCUAUAUUAUAUAGAAAAAUAGAUCUAGAUAGCUUUUUUUUUUUUUUGGUUUAAGUUUAAUGAGAUGGGGUAUUUCAAUCUCAUGAAAUUAAACCUGCUAAUCAUGCUGAUUGCUAUCAUUAUUAUCAUACUCAUGCUUUAUGAGUAUGAUUAAAAUGCUGAUUUGACAGAACAUCAUGAUCAUCAUGCAGCCCAGAGUGCCCAGACCAUUGCUAUGUAGUCCUUUAUUUAAUUCUAUGAUGAAUCUAGGCUACUUACAUUUUAUAUAAUUACUAUUAAAAAUAUAUUCUAAUUCAAUGUUUAUCUAAUUUAUCUAAUUACUAGAUUGUCUAGGUCUACAAUAGAAUAUCUACUUCAAUGUUUAUCUAAUUACUUGAUCUACAAUACAAUCUACUAUCAAAUAUUACUCAAGAAUUAUUUAAGAUUUUCCAUUGGAUUAUUCACUUACGCACCCACAUUCUUUUAUCUGAUAUCAUGCCAAGACAAAGAAAAAGAAAGCUUUCAUCCUGUACAAAUGUUGAAGACACUAUUUUGUACAAAUUCCUUUAUGAAAAUUUUAAUUAUUCUGAACUUUCACCAGAUGACAAUAAUAAACUAUGCUUAAAAGGACAUGUCCUCCUAAUUUAUAUGCAAAAUCAGUCCUCCCAAACAUCCACAGCAGAAAUUGUUGCUUCAACUUUUGGAUUCCCAUUUAAUCCAUGUUUAAUUUCAAAAGUUCAUUAUUUAACUGAAUGCACCAUUGCAAAGUAUAAAAGUAAUGUAACAAAAUAUUUGUCAGAAAUUCAAAACAUUUGCUAUCAAAUAUUUUACCAGUUACCUAGCACAACUGCUCCUAACUCUGAUUUAACUCCAACAAAAGCUAUACAACCAACUGAAAUAAAUCCUGUUUCAUCAAAUUUAAGAAGCAAUGAUGAAUUAACCCCUCGUAGAAGACAUUUAAAAAGACGACUUUCUUUUGUGUCCCAGGCAAGAAGUGAAGACAAGAAUAAAUAUAGGAAAAAAAUAUGUUUAUUAAAAUCUCAAAUUAACUCUCAGCCUAACCUUAUUAAAAAUCUUAGACGGUCUGUUCACCGAAAAAAUGAGAGGAUUAGUAACUUGUUAAAAAAAUUGCACAAAUAUGAAAUUGAUUCUGGCAAACGUUUUUUAAAAUGUAAAAAAUGUAUUUGGCAAACAAAAAAGCAUCAAGAGAUAUUAAAGAAAAUGAAAUCAUCAUUUAAUAAAGAAUUGGCUGUGAAGGACGCUAUCAUAACAUCUCUUCAAAGUGAUAAACUACUUCUUGAAGAUGAACUUAAAGAACUAAAAGAAAAUAAAGCUAGGUCCCUUAAAAAAAAUAAUAAAACAUAUGAUGUUAUGACAAGGUUAAUGUUUUUUAAUUGUCUUUUAUACCAGGCCCCAACCUCUUCCAUCUCCCCUAUAGUUAGUAGUUUAUCACAGAGAUUGGGUGUUCUUCUUGAUUGCGUCCCUCACAGAACAUCAGUAGACAACUUUGUAAGAGAACUUGGUGUUAUUUCAGACCUACAAGCCGCUGAAGUUGCCAUGAAAACACCACAUCUAACUCUUGGGUUUGAUUCCACAACCCAAGAGGGUGUACUUGUCAAUUCAGUACAUCUCACCACUCCAACUGAUACUUUUGUUAUAGCUUUAGAUCAGUUGAGUGGUGGGAGGGCUGAGGACUAUGAAAAACACUUAAUUGAAUCAAUAAAAAAUUUAGCAUAUGCUUACUCAGAUUUUCAUAAGAUAGAGUUUUCCACUUGUCAUAAUGAAAUUAUCAAAAAUAUUUCCAACACUAUGUCAGACCGGGCAUCAGUGAAUCAUGCUUCCAUAGUUAAAUUAAAUGCAUUAUGGGGUAAAACCUUAAAUGAACUUAAUUGCCACCUGCACCCACUUGAUAGUAUUUCAAAAGGCUGCAGGUUGGCACUUAAGUCCCUGCAGACAGAAAGGAGCAGCCUUAUUGGGAGUGACUGCAUAGCAGGCAACAUUGUCUUACAAAUAGACAAACUCAGGUAUCGAGAUGGAAAGGGUGACCCCAAAAAUUUUAUUUCCUUUCUACUUAAUGAAAAUUUACCGAAGGGCCUUAUUCCACGGUAUAGGGGAAAUCGUUUGCAUGUGUUUUUCCAUACUUGUGGAAUAUUGGUCCUUCAUUAUGACCAAAUAUUAUCAUUUUUAAAAUCCCCUGCCCUUUCCUCUGGAUCGCUGAUAAGUUGCCUGCACAGUGACCUCAAUAGUGAAACUGGGAAGAAACAACUUUUUGUUAUGGGUAUGGUAGGGAAACUGCUGACAAGCCCUUGGAUGAAAAAAUUUUACAUUGCGCCUGGUGCGCAAGCUGUUUCUCAUCUUGGGGCUGUCACAGUCAUUAAAGAAGUUCUAGCCCAAGUAGAUCAAUGCCUUAGUAAUCCCUUUAGUAUUUUUACAAGAAACCUAGACUUCUUUGGUGAAAUCCUUGAUGUUAAUGAUCCCAUACUGGAGGUUCUUUUGCUCUGCCCUCAAGAUAAGGAAGUUGAAAACAUGAUAAAAGCUAGUCUGUCUUCUAUUGCAGAAACUAUCAAUAGGCAGUAUAAAAGGUAUCUUAGUAUGAAUGUGUCUGAUCUGAUGAGCACCCAGACAGAAUCUGCUAGGCUACAUAACAUGGAUUCUGAAGAGGUGAUUGGCAUGUUUAGUGCAGCCAAGAAAAAAGCACCAAAUGCAACGAUGUGCUACAUGUCCUCUAGAAUCCGUUCCCUAAAGAACAGAACUGUAGCCUAUCUAGAUUCUAUGAGUGUCUCAGAUAUGACUGAAAGGGUGACUUGGGCCAUUGGUGUCUCUCGCAGUAGGAGGCAGGCUAAUCGAGUGAGGACGUCAGAGGUGACUAAGGAGAUUGCUCUGAGGGCGGAGCAAAAAAACCAGGAGACAGAACAGAAAGAAAGAAAGAAAAUUGAAAAACUUUUAAGACAAGACAAUUACAUUGACAAGAUUAAGGAACUGAUUACUAACGUGACUGAACAGACUUGGAUGGAUGUGCAGGAAUUGUUAUCUGGAAAUGUUAUUGACAGGUUGAUCUGUCACUAUUGGUACAGUGCAGGCCCUGUAUUAUAUAGUGGCAGGGUAAAGGGACUGAAAAAAGGAAUGAAAGAUGUAUAUUUGGUAAAAUAUUGGCUGGAUGAUGAGGAUGAGAGUAGAGGGGUUGACUAUGACAUGAGCAAGUAUCAGCUUGCCUGUGACAUACUGUUCAAAGACUUGACAUUACUGUAGAAUAGUAUUUGUUAACAUCAAGGAUUUUUCCCUACCCAUUGACAAAAAUGUUCCAGUUUCACUUCUGUCUGACUAACAGGGAUUCUUUAUAAUUGGGUGGUAAAACAAUUCACAUACUAAUAUAACACACUAAUAAAUCUGUUAGCUAAUCAUCAGUGACUAAUACAUUUCACUAAAAUAAAUACUUUUAUAAAAUUUUCAAACUGUAAAGUUUAUGUCAUUAAUUUUAAACAUAUUCUAUACUAUUAUAAAAUUAACUAGAGGUAAACAUAGUCUUAAUCCUUUUAUACUAUUUUUUUUUAAGCUUUGAAAUAUUUAAAAUAAAAUAGUACCUUAAUAAAAAAAAAUAUGUAAAUAAAACUAUCCAAUUAUGAAGAAUGAUCAUUAAUUUUUUUUUUUUUUUUUUUUUUUGUUGUUGUUUUCAACAGAAAAGUAAAUCCCCUAUUUCUGUAAAUUUGUAACAAAACAUUUGUGUUGGGAUUUUUUUUGAUAAUUUGAUUAUUAUUCAUUUUCUUCAUGCAACUAUAAUUUUUAAAAUUAUAAAACCUACAUAUUGUUUAAAUUUGUUUUCCCAUUGCAUCACAUGUAAUACUGCAAAGUUUAAAAUUAAUAAUGCUACCUUAUAAGUGUUUCUCUAGUCCUCCCAGUAGAUCUGAAAUAACACCAGUUGUUGUCUACUUGUACUUUACAUUUUUUUUUAUUGCGCUUUUUUUUCUAACACACUAUUUUGUUUUAUAUCAUCUAAUUAAAUAAUUAUCAAAUUUAAUAAAGCCAAUUAACUAUUUUUCUUAGCUAUUUUUACUAUACAUGGUACAUCAUCACUUUUUAUAUACUGUUCCAUUUUAAAAUUGUAUUGAUGGUUCAUAAACAAUUAAUUUAAAUAAUGUGUAAUGUAAAGCCAUAACUUAAAAUUAAAAUAUUUAAUAAUUUUUAUAAAUAAUAAUAUUAUUAGUUUUAUAAAGUUGUCUUCACUUCAAGUUUGUGACUGUAAAGAUAUGCAAACUUUCCUUUUUAUAUUCAUGUGUACCAUUCAAUAUUAAGUUUUUUCAAACACAAAUCAUCAUAUUUCCUAUUAACCUUUUAUCUCUCAAACAUUUAACUAUCAUAAAAAAACAACACUUUUUUUCCAAUCCAUUUAUCAUUAACCCUUCAUUAAAUUACACAUUUAACCCUUCAUAAAUUCCCACAUGUGCCUUAUACUUUCAUGAUGUCCUUCAACUACUUGCAUGUAAUCAGAGUUCCUUCGGCACCAUUUACUUCAUCGUCAUCCAUUACAUAAUAACUUGCAUGUCAUCAGAGUCACUACUGCACCAACAAAUAAGCCACCAUUGACUUCAUCAUCAUUAUGUGCUGCUUACUUGCAUGAUAUCUGCUUUGCUACGCUUGUAACAAAAAGAAGCCACCAUUUACUUUAUCGUCAUCCAGUACACACAAACUUGCAUGUCAUCAGAGUCACUACGGCAUCAACAAAUAAACCACCAUUGACUUCAUCAUCAUUCUAUGCUGCUUACUUGCAUGAUAUCUGCUUUUCUAUGCUACUAACACACAGAAGCCACCAUUCAUUUUAUCGUCAUUCAGUACUGACUAAUUUGCAUGUCAUCAGAGUCACUACGGCAUCAACAAAUAAACCACCAUUGACUUCAUCAUCAUUCUAUGCUGCUUACUUGCAUGAUAUCUGCUUUUCUAUGCUACUAACACACAGAAGCCACCAUUCAUUUUAUCGUCAUUCAGUACUGACUAAUUUGCAUGUCAUCAGAGUCACUACGGCAUCAACAAAUAAACCACCAUUGACUUCAUCAUCAUUUUAUGCUGCUUACUUGCAUGAUAUCUGCUUUUCUAUGCUACUAACACACAGAAGCCACCAUUCAUUUUAUCGUCAUUCAGUACUGACUAAUUUGCAUGUCGAGUCCCUAUGUCACUAACAAAUAAACCACCAUGGGCUUCAUCAUCAGUUGGUCGAACUUAAUUUCUAUGUUAUCGCAUUCAUCUUCUACGUUAUCAGCACAAAUCCAGCAAUCGUUUAUGCCUUGCCAUCUUACCAUGCUAUACUUAAAAAUUAACAUCAUAUUAUCAAUUUCCAAGAAAAAUGUAUAAAAUCUUGUGCCAUGGUUUCCCAUUGCUUCAAUGUUAAGUGAAAACGCGUCAAAAUUGUGUGUAUUUUUUUAUCUAUUGGACCCAUAAUAACAUUCUAUACCUCAUUGGAAAGCUCAGAACAAGAUCUUUAAUAAUUUAUUAUCCAAAUUAAAAAAAAAAAAAUUUCAACAAUUUUGUCACAUA